ACCACUGGCCAAGUUUAGUCGCGUCGCAGCUAUCGAAGGAUUUGUUCGUGUUUUUCGCCUUGUGCCCUCUGCCAUAUGCGCUCAUUCUGCCGUUGCUGCUGCUGUGUCUCCUCUAUCCAUAUAGUGAGAGAGCAAGAAGGAGCCUGCCUGCCGUUGUUGUAGGUUCGGUUGGUUGAUUGGUGUGGAGUCGUGGAGUGCUGCUUCCCCACACAGUCAUCGUCGUCAGUCAGUCAGUCAGUCAGUGUCGUGUCGUCGUCGCCGAAGAAAACACUGUGUCAGAGAACCGUGUGCGUCCGAAUUGCGCGGCGGGUAGUGUGUACAAAGAAGCAAUAUAUAGAAAUCACCUUCAAACACAAUAGAGAGCACUCGUCGCGGUUCGCUCGCAAAAAGAAAGAAGUUUUUCGAAUGUUGUUUGUCCCAAGAUCCUUGCGCGGAUUGUGUGUGGCUUGUGUUACGUAUAUACACAGAUAAGGAAGGGUGUGCAGAGUGAGUUUGAAUAACACAAAUAAAAAGUACCUAGGAAGGAAGAUCCAUCGAGAGCUAGCAAAAAAAAAAGGACGACGUGAAGAAAGCACUGGAAACCAAUUGUCGUAAAUUUUAAUGUGUUCAGAAGUUUUCGUUCCGGAACGUAACAGGAAAUAGUCAUUUCCCCAGCCCCACAAACUUGGGGUCCGCCAAUCCCAUCAAUCAAAUGCCAUUAAAAGUAUUUUAUCGGGUAGAGGAAAGCUUGAAGUUGGUGUGAUUGGAGCAAAACAUUGUGACAACAAUUACGAAAGAUAACCAAGACACGUUGGUAAUGAGUGACGAAUCCCGUUAGAGAGAAGCUGUUACCAAACGGGGAAACCAAGUGAAGUGCAUGGAGGAAAUGUGGCUUACGACUUUGUGAAGAAUACACACUACUACCUGAUAGUGGAGGAGUGAGCGAAAUAGCAUGCGAAGGAUUAACAAUCACAAAGGAAGGGUUCAAUCGGUGUGGAAGUUAUGAGUUUGUGAAAUUCUGAGGUUCAUUGCUGUUUUAAGUUUUAACCCUUCCCGUCAUCUCAGUAUAUACAAAAAAGAAAAGAAAAUAUAAAUCAAUAAAGCCAGUGAAUAGUACAAAUUUUCGAUUUUAGUUUGUAUUUAGAGCUAUCGAUUUUCUCGCCUGUAAGCUAUUUAUUUAUACGACAACAACACCAACAAAAAAAGGAAGAAGAGAACCCACAUAAAACCACAAAGUGUGAUAUAUUCAGAGAGAAAACAAAAGGCUCGGAUAACGUGAAAAGCAAUCAACUGUACCACCAACUUCCCGAAUUAGUAUUGGAUACUCAACACAGCUAAAAAUCAUCUAAAUGGAAUUAGCACGUAAAAGAUACAAAAGUAGCCGGGGUCCGGUGCUAAGGUCAAGCGAACGCCGCCGUCCACAGAGUAUAUCGUCAUCCACCUCCACACUGUUGCCCCGUGUGGUGCUAAACCGUAUCGAUCCCCGCGAGUUUGAGCGCAUUCGAGUCUCAUACAAGGUUGCCAUCCGAAGCACCCGCAGCAGUCGUACCAGCAGCAGCGUUCACCCUGGUAUGAACAUGGGCCAAAAGAUCAGUGGAGGUGUCAAAACGGUCAGCAGCCGCGACCAACCAUCGCAAUUCAUUCCGAAGAUUCCCCGUGAACUGGCAGCGCACUUCCAGCGGCCAGCCCGUCUCGAUCUCCUGCUCGAUAUGCCCCCGGCCGCCCGGGAAACACAGAUCAAAUACUCCUGGAAUUCGGAGGACCGCUCGCUGAAUGUGUUCGUGAAGGAGGACGACAAGAUGACAUUCCAUCGGCACCCGGUGGCACAGAGCACAGACUGCAUACGAGGCAAGGUCGGCUUCACCAAGGGUCUGCACGUGUGGGAAGUGUUCUGGUCGACGCGGCAGCGAGGUACACAUGCUGUGAUCGGUGUUGCCACCUCCGAGGCACCACUCCACUCCGUAGGUUAUCAAAGUCUGGUCGGCUCGAACGACCAGAGCUGGGGCUGGGACCUGGGGCGCAAUAUGCUGUACCACAACUCGAAAACCUGCCCCGGCGUCACGUACCCCGCGAUACUUAAGCCAGACGAAACCUUCCUAGUGCCGGACAAAUUCCUAGUAGCGUUAGACAUGGACGAAGGAACGCUCAGUUUCAUCGUCGAUGGCCAGUAUCUGGGGGUGGCAUUCCGGGGGCUGAAGGGACGAAAGCUCUACCCGAUCGUGUCCGCCGUCUGGGGGCACUGCGAAAUCACCAUGAAGUACAUCGGUGGCCUCGAUCCCGAACCACUGCCACUGAUGGACCUGUGCCGGCGUGUCAUCCGCCAGAAAAUCGGCCGGACGCACCUGGAGGAGCGCAUCGAACAGCUCCAGCUGCCACAGUCGAUGAAAACCUAUCUGCUGUACCGGGAUCGAAGAUAAUAGACAACCCAAAAGCCGACUUUUAAUUAUUUAAUAAUAAUUAUUAUCGCUUAUUAUUAUAAUUAUUGGCUAGAUAUUAAUUUCCUCCACCUCCUCAUCCUCCGCCGCUGGAUUAACUGAUCAAGGAAGAACGAUGAUAGAACACGAAGAUGAAGACAUGGACAAGAACGAACCGAUAUUAGGGUUUAAUGAUUUAAUUUUCUUCUUGGGGCUACUCGGCAUCAGUAGAAAUCGAUUUACGUUUUAGGGACAGUUCUAUCUGAGUUUACAGGAUAGAGGAAACGAUAGGUCUUUUGUUUUGCAAGUAACUGACACAAACUCUGUGCGAAUAGGGAUUUGAUUUUCCCCACAAUCUCACAUUUUUUUUUUUUAAUAAUACGGACUCUGCGAUAAGUAAAAUCUAAGGAAAUAGUAACUUUAGGAGAAAACAGUAAAAACUACAGAUGCAAAAUAACAGAAAACUAAGUAUAUAUAUUGGAGAAAAAUAUAUGAAAAAAGGCAAAAAAUAUUUUCACUUUUAAAAAGCUGUAAAAAGAAUGGAAGCAAACUUGUAAGAUAGACGAAUCGAAAUCAAAAGGCGCCAGCACUUUUUUGAUUUUAGCAAUUGUAAAAAAUAUAAGAGAGGAAAAUGGCUGACUUCCCCCUUUACACCCAAUUUUUUGUCCCUGCCCCACCCUUCCCUCUUCAAGUAUGUAAACCAAUACGCAACAUUAAAAGAAAAGAAAAAACACAAAACGGUGGAAAUCAAAAUGUGUUCUGUUUUAUUAAGCUUUUAAUCUGUAUAGUAUACCUAAAGGCGCCAGAAGAAAAAAAAAAACAAAGGAUCCCAUGAACUGAUGAACAAACAGAAAUAUGAAAUGACACGACAUAAGAACAAUUGUCAAACUACACUGAAACGAAAUGCUACACCCCUUUCUGCAUUUAUCGUCCAAAGCCGUGCUGAGGAUGAUCUGUUCUUCCAAGAUUUUGACAAAGAAAACGAAAACCCAUAAUUGAACUGACAAAGGAGAACGUCACAAUCGUCAAUGGAAAAUGAAAGUUAUGUAGGAAACAGGCCAGAACAAGUACUAUUUAUUAAGUUCCAUUUGUCGUAACGGAACGAUCAGAACUGAAAGGACAGAAGCAAACAUCUCGCUCAUGAGCUCAGGUAUCGAUCGUCGAAAUGACCUAUUCGAUUAUCUGUUGGUUCAUGAAACAGAUUGAACAAAGGAGACAACAGCAAGAAGCAAGAAACACAAGCAACAAGAACAAGACAUGAAAUAUGGAAUCCGUGUGAUUUUUUUUUUAUUAUUUGAAGUGAUUUAAAUUUAGAUUGCAUAAAAUUAAAAGUUUAUAAGGAUCAAAUAAGAAAGUAUGAGAUGCAUGAGAAAGGCGACGAGUGAGUGAGUUAAGUGGCCGAGUGAUUAAUAGAAAAGGUGGGAAAUUAAGAGAAUGACGUUGAAAUCAUAGUUUCUUAAGCGUUUGAUAACAUAGCGAUCGUGCGAGUGAGCGAGUUUACUUUGAUCGAGCAUCAGAUAGGGCUCUUAUUUUCCAAUCCGCGAGAGAGAACGAAAGCGAGCAACUAAGAGUGAGCGAUGGAUGAGUAUGCGAGAGGCUCAGUCAAUGUGGGACUAUUCUAGCACUAUAGGGAAUACGAAUAAUAAAAAAAAAAACAACUAUCGAACUAGUAGGAGAAAAUCACAGAAUAUUUUGAUUAUAUG